AUGAACAUCGAUCAGUUCAAGUGCUUGGUGUUUGUGAGUGGCCUUAAGGGUCAUGCCUACGCCGACACGCGACCAAGGCUUCUUUCCCGGAUAAGAUGUGAAACAGCAGAAGCUCCCGUGAAUCUUCAGACCUUGAUUAACGAAUAUCAACGACUCGUUAAUCUCAAGAAGAACACAUCGAUGAUUGAGAGCCAGUCAAGCUCGAAACAAGCGGUUCACACUGUCCAGGAGAAGGGAAGUUUUCAUCAUCCACACACUUCAAAAACGGAAGCAUCAACGGAAAAAACUGCUCGAGGCAGAUGUUUCGUCACUACGACUGCCAACCUCAAUCUUCUCGGUAUCGAAUGGAUUGAAUUGUUUAAGCUGUGGUCAGUUCCUCUCGACUCCGUUUGCAAUCAAGUAAAGACGAAGUCGAUCGACCAGCAGAUUAAUGAAUUUCGAGCAAAGCAUGCAUAUGUUUUCAAUGAUUCACUGGGACACUGCAGGAAAUUGAAGGUAAAGCUUUUUCUCAAACCAAAUGCUAAACCCAUUUUCUGUCCAAAGCGCCCAGUUCCUUUCAACACCAUCCGAUUGGUCGAUGCUGAACUCACACGGUUACAAUCAUUGGGCAUCCUCGAACCUGUCGAUUUCUCAGAAUGGGCUGCUCCCAUCGUGGCAGUGCGCAAACCUAACGGUCGAGUGCACAUAUGUGCAGACUACUCGACGGGGCUAAACGAGGCGUUGGAACCAAAUCACUAUCCGCUUCCGACGUCGGAGGAAAUUUUCGCCCAACUCAACGGCAGCACCGUUUUCAACAUCGUCGAUCUUUCCGAUGCGUAUCUGCAGCUUGAGGUGGAUGACGACUCCAAGAAGCGGCUCACAAUCAACACGCAUCGAGGAUUGUUCCGGUUCAAUCGCCUGGCUCCCGGAGUGAAAUCUGCGCCGGGCGUAUUCCAACGUGUGGUGGAUGGAAUGAUAGCAGACAUACCUGGUGUCCGCUCUUUCAUCGAUGAUGUCAUCGUGUUUGGAAAGGACAUCAGCUCACACGCAACGUCACUCAACCUACUCUUCCUGCGGUUCAAAGAGUAUGGAUUCCACGUGAAGGCUGAGGAGUGUCAUUUACCACGUUUUGUCACUACCCCGAGAAAGUGAAGGCUAUCGCUGCACUCCCACCGCUAACCAACGUUCCCGAGCUUCGAUCGUACCUGGGUGCGGUCAACUUCUACGGUAGGUUCGUGCGCAACAUUCACGAAUUGCGACAUCCAAUGAACCAGCUGUUGAAGAAGGACGUGAAAUGGCAAUGGACACCGACAUGCCAAAAGGCUUUCGACCAGUUCAAAAGGACGCUUCAAUCAAACCUGCUGCUAAUGCGUUACUACUCUAAGCUUCCAAUCAUCGUGGCUGCGGAUGCAUCAAGCACAGGCAUCUGGGCAGUCAUCUUUCACCAGUUCCCUGAUGGCAGGCCUGAUGAAUGCAGAACAACACGCUUCGAGGACGCUCGCACCUGCGGAGCGUAAUUAUGGACAACCAGAGAAGGAAGCGCUUGCGUUGGUCUAUGUAGUGACCAAAUUACACAAAUAUUUGUUGGGACGCCAUUUCACGCUGCUGACUGACCACAAACCACUGCUUUCCAUCUUUGGUUCUAAGAAGGGGAUUCCCCUACACACUGCGAACUGACUACAACAGUGGGCUCUCACGAUGCUCAAUUACGACUUCGAGAUUCAGCAUGUAUCCACCAACGAAUUCGGAUGUGCAGAUCUGUUGUCCCGACUGAUCGACCAGACCGUCCAGCCCGAAGAAGAAUACGUUAUCGCUGCGCUGAGCCUUGAGGAAGAUUUAGUAAGCAUGCUUGCUGACACAACAGAAAAGGUUCCUGUUUCAUUCCCAGCAUUGCAAAAGGCUACAACAACCGACGCCACACUCCAAUCUGUUGCUCAACACAUACGCGACGGAUGGCCCAGCUGCUCCAACAACCUUUCCACUGCAGUUCAACCGUAUUUUCUACUGUUGUUGUGUACGAAUUGUUCGGAUGAAAGCAAUUGCACGGAGCUUUGUGUACUGGCCUGGCAUCGAUAACGAAAUUGAGGACUUCGUAAAACGCUGCAACCCGUGUUCGACUGCUGACAAGACUCCCACCAAUACCACGUUGGAAUCUUGGCCAGUACCUACCAAACCAUGGUCGAGGAUCCAUAUCGACUACGCAGGUCCGGUUGAUGGAGUUUACUUCCUGAUCAUAGCGGAUCCCUACUCCAAGUGGCCUGAGGUCAGUGGCGUAUUUAACGGUAAGCAAAGUAAGCAAUUGCGGGGGCCCCGUCAAUGAAGGGCCUCAGAAUCUUUAGUCCAUUAUCCAUAACAGUUGAUAGAAUAUGGCACUGUAUUAGCAAGGAGGGCCCCGUGGGUGAUGGACGUUGAGGCCCCGCGCUAGACAACCAAGCACCCCCCCCCCUCCCCGGCAGCAACAAAAUUAAAGUUGAAAUGUUACAUUUUUCAAGACGGAUGCCAAGUACCCCCCGGUAAUUAUGUACAGAGGGCCUCAACAAUUCUUACUGCUUGGGGCCUCCGACACUGUAAACCCGCUACUGCCUGAGGUACACAUGACCAAAACAACAACAGCGAAAGCCACGAUCAAAAUGCUGAAGCAAUCAUUCGCAACUUUCGGAGUUCCGGAAGUAAUCGUUUCGGACAACGGCGCCCAGUUUUCAAGCCACGAAUUCCUGACGUUCUGCACUAGUGAAGGUAUUCGACACAUUCGAAUUGCUCCAUACCAUCCACAAUCUAAGGGUCUUGCUGAAAGAUUUGUGGACACGUUGAAAAGAAGCCUUCGAAAAAUUCGUUCGGGGGGAGAGACGCUCGAAGAAGCUGUAGUCACUUUCUUACAAGAGUACCGCUCCACUCCUUCCAGUGAUCUGGGCGGAAAAUCCCCGGCUGAAUUGAUGUUCAACAGACUGGACUUCGUACUGUUUUGGCAUUGCUACGGCCAACCACCACAAGUGAAGAUGGUCACACAGUGCGAAGAGAUAGAACAUUGCAGAACGAUGCGAUCAACCUCAAGCACGGAGCUGUCAAGAGAAGUUUUCAGCACGGAGAAUCGGUUUACGUAAAGGUUCAUCAAGCAAAUUCUUGGCAAUGGAAACCUGGCACCAUAAUUGAAAAGAUUGGUUCUGUCAACUACAACAUAUUUCUUGAGGAUCAACAACGACUGAUAAGAUCGCAUGCCAACCAGCUCAAGUCGCGCUUCGCAGAAACCAGCCAACAUACAGAUCAGUCUACUCCACUAUCUAUCUUUUUCGACAAUUUCGGCCUACAAUUUCCAGCUGAAGUACCUUCAA